AUGCCUUUGGACAUUUUAGCGACUGCUGUUGUCGAGGGUACCGACAAGAUUCCUUUCUGGCGCGAAAUUCGGACGCUUGCUCCUUAUGUAGCAGGAAUUACAGCGAUUAAGUUCUGGUCGAGAGGUGGCAUUAACCAAUGGGGAAGAAAGCUUCAUGGGAAAGUGUACAUAGUCACUGGGGCCACAACGCAAGGUAUGGGAACAGCCGUGGCGCUGGAAAUGGCGGAACAGGGCGCUCAAUUGAUCAUUUUGGUGAGAAAAGUGGACGAGUGGGCAACAGAAUGGGCUGAGGAGCUACGAAGUAGAAGCAAAAACGAACUCAUAUACUUAGAACAGUGUGAUCUCAGCGAUUUAUACCAGGUGCGGAAGUUUGCGACGAAAUGGCUGGACAACAAACCGGCCAGAAGACUUGACGGUGUGGUGGCAAUGGCUGGUAACCUGGAGCCCGUAUGGAAUGGUGUUCGCAGGGCUUCUGCAGACGGGCUAGAACUGCAAAUGGCGGUGAAUUUCGCAGGUACGUUCCAUUUGUUAGAUCUGUUGAGACCUGCUUUCAAAGCCCAGCCUCCCGACAGAGAUGUUCGUAUUAUCGCCACUACGUGUAUGCUUCAAGCCAUUGGGGACGUAAGAGUGGAAGACCCGCUUUGGAGAGAUACCAAAUACGAUCGGCCUCUCAAGUAUUUUGGUAGCUCGAAAUUACAGCUUGGCUUGUGCAUGCUGGAACUGCAGAGACGAUUGUUGUCAAGUGACAAGAAAGAUGAUGGAAGGACGGGCAAAAAUGUCACAGUGACACUGGUGCAGCCCGGGAUUAUGCGUUCUACAAGUUUAAGACGGUUGAUCAGUAACGGGUCGGUAUGGGCACUAAUUUUUGUUUACUCGAUUUUGUUGUACCCAUUCCUAUGGCUAUUCACCAAGAGUGGGUUUCGCGGUGCUCAAUCUGUGCUUUACGCAGUUAUGACCCCGGAAUUGGAGGAAGUGAACUUGAAAGACGACCAAGUGAAAUACGUUGUGAAUACGGGCUUGGGACGGUUUUCUCGCAAAGAAUUUGGCGAUGCGGAAUUGCAGAAGAAGUUGUAUGACAGCACUUCCGAGAAGAUUUUGGAGUUAGAGAGAUCAAUGGCUAUCAAACGGAAUGUGGGAAAGAAAAAGGCUGGGCCCAGCGUUAAAAAGUAG